CUCCUCCACGAACCACUUUUGAGCAUCUCCUCUCCUCUUCCUUGCCCAAUCUCCGAUGGCCGCGGCUCUCAACGGCAGUAGCUCUUUCUCCGCCUCCUCCUCCUCUCCCUCUUCCUCUUCCUCUUCCUUCCUAUAAAAGAAUAUAAAGUUCUCUGACAGAACUGAAAGCUUCUAAUUUUAGCUUUAUAAUCCAGCACAAAAGCAGCUCGAAGCAGCCGCUUUACAUGGCUUCCUUUCUUCAACUCACAUUUAACCCGAUGGGUUACAGCGUCCUUCGCUCCCCUUCCAUGCCGCCGGCUCCAUCACGCACGCUUUCUCUCUCUUUCACUUCCCCAAACGCGGUCGAAAUCAACGCCGAAACUUCCGCCCCUUUCGAUGCCACAACUGAGUUCGAUUUCAAGGGUUACUUGUUGAGCAAGGCGGAAUCUGUAAAUCGAGCCCUAGAUCUUGCGAUUCCCCUAGUGCACCCGAAGCGUAUCCACGAAGCGAUGCGAUACUCGCUCCUAGGUGGCGGAAAGCGCAUCCGCCCGGCACUGUGCAUCGCUGCCUGCGAAAUCGUCGGCGGCGACGAGGCCCUAGCGAUUCCCCCCGCCUGCUCGGUCGAGAUGAUUCACACCAUGUCUCUCAUCCACGACGAUCUCCCCUGUAUGGAUAACGACGAUCUCCGGCGUGGGCAGCCUGCCUGUCACCGCGCCUAUGGCGAACCCGUCGCCGUCCUCGCCGGCGACGCUCUCCUCGCCCUCGCUUUCCGCCAUCUCGUCGAUCUCGGUAACUACCCUUCCUCCAACCCAAUUCCCCCUGCCAUAUUUGUCCGCGCUACGGCCGAGCUCGCCCGCUGCAUCGGCGCGGAGGGUCUCGUCGCCGGCCAGUUGCUCGACAUCGAGUCCACCGGUCUAGAACAUCCCGUCGAUAUCGAUCGGCUCGAGUUCAUUCACUUGCAUAAAACCGCGGCUCUACUGGAGGCGUCGGUUGUGAUCGGAGCCAUGGUCGGCGGCGGCUCCGAUUUGGAGGUCGAGCGUUUGAGGCGUUAUGCUCGGUGCAUCGGGUUGCUUUUCCAGGUGGUGGACGAUAUCCUUGAUGUGACCAAAUCGUCGGAGGAGCUGGGUAAAACGGCGGCGAAGGACUUGGCCAGUAACAAGACCACCUACCCGAAGCUUCUGGGACUGGACAAGUCGAGGGAGUUCGCCGACGAACUUCUCCAAGAUGCAAAGUCACAGAUUGAGGGCUUCGAUCCGUUAAAGUCGGCGCCUUUGCUUCACCUCGCAAAUUAUAUCGCUUACAGGCAGAAGUAAGUUGGGGAAAUUAAUGGCAGCAAAAAAACAUUAUGUCCAACAUAUUUUCCUGCAAAAUUUAUUGAGAUGAACUUCAAAAGUUUUGAUUUUAUGUUAAGAUUAUUACUUGAUAUUUCGAAUUAUAUUAAUUUUAGUUUAAAUUCCAAGA